AUGAUACUAAUUCAUUAAAUAUAGAAAUAUCAGAUAUCAAUAUAGCUAAUAGUAAUAAUGAUAUUGGUUCUGAGUAUUUAGGUAAAAAAAAUAAAAAAAUUAAAGAUAAUGAAGAAUAUGAUUUAACUUAUAUUUCUGAGACAGACUUUG